GGGGCGGAGGAGGAGGAGGAGGAGAAAGCACGAGGAGUAACGAUACCGAGGAUCAUCGUCAUCGUCAUCGUCGUCGCCGUUGUCAUUGUCACUGUCGCGCGGUCGACGCAGACAGCAAUGGCCGCCGCCGUCGACGACGGGAUCGGGCUCGAGGAGCUGAGGACCGAGAUCGAGCGGCUGUCGCGCGAGCUCGAUUUGGCGUCCACCGAGAAGAUACAGUCGGCGCAAUACGGUCUCGCGUUGCUCGAGGAGAAGUCGGCGCUGCAGCAGCGAUGCAACGACCUCGAGGCGCUCUACGAAAACACGAAGCACGAGCUGGAGAUCACGCAGGAGGCCCUCGCCAAGUUCCAGACAACUACGAAGAUAACCGCGAAGAGCGGUAUCGAGCAGGAGGAGAGUCUCCUUAGCGAGAGCGCCGCUCGAGAAACUUCUCUACAAUCGCAGAUCAUCGAAUUGGAGAAUGAAGCGAAACAGUUGCGCCAUGAACUGGAACGAGUGGAGGCGGAACGCGAUCACGCGCUGCAGGAACGCGAGGAGGUCGGCAAGGAUCACCAGCAGGCGGAGACGGAGCGCAAGUCGUUGCGCUCGGAAUUGCGGGAAUGCAGGGUGCGCGAGACCCGUUUGCUGCAGGACUACUCCGAGCUGGAAGACGAGAAUAUCCUGUUGCAAAAGCAAGUGUCAGGCUUGCGCUCCAGUCAGGUGGAGUUCGAGGGUGCGAAACACGAGAUUCAGCGGCUGACGGAGGAGGUCGAGUUAUUGAACAGCCAGGUGGAGGAAUUGACGAACCUGAAGAAGAUAGCGGAGAAGCAGAUGGAGGAGGCGUUGGAGUCGUUGCAAAGCGAGCGCGAGGCCAAGUACGCUCUGAAGAGAGAACUCGACCAGCGAAUCAACAGCGGAUCGAUCUACAAUUUGAACAGUCUCGCUCUCAUUCGGGGAAUCACGGAAGAUCAGACGAUUGGUAGCGACGGCGAGGACGACUCGCCCGCGUUACUUAGGAUCGAGGCGGAUCUGAGGACGCAAGAACCGGGGACGUCCGCGACCGAUAAACAUGUCGAUCUGUUCUCCGAAAUCCAUCAGAACGAGGUGAAUAAGCUGCAGAAGCAAUUGGAGCUUGCGGAAACCGAGAAGGCCCAUCUCACGCAGAAUCUGCGGGAAUCGCAGUACGCGGUCGAGAGGAGCCAAGCGGAAUUGCAGUCGUUUGUCGCGCGAAUAGUACAGCUGGCGGCGCACGUUCAGUCGUUGCAACAUCUCUACUCGAAGUUGCCUGACAAGCAGAGCGAGGAGACGACACUGGAUAAACUCAGUCAGGCUGUCGUUCAGUAUCAUCAAUGGAGCACGAUGUCCGCGCGCGAGGUAAAUCAAUUGCAGAAGAACCUGACGGAACUGGAAAAUGGCUUGACCGUGUCCGACUCUACGCAGCAGUUAAGAACCGAGUUGACGAAUCUAAAUAACAAGAUACCCCAGUCAGAGAAGAGCCUUCGAGAAAAGGUUGGGUUACGUGUGGUCCCCCUAUUUAACCUCAUAGACACGGAACAGAGAAGCACGCAACUCGAGUCGGACGUGUCUGCUCUGUCGAAACUUACCGCGGAAGCGGGUGGUUUCCUCGAUUCUGCACAAAACAACUUGCAAAAUCUCUCGGAUGAACUCGCGCAACUCUAUCAUCACGUAUGCACCGUUAACGGCGAGACCCCCUCGAGGGUAGUGUUGGACCAUGAAAAGUCGGAGAUCGUGCCCGAAAAGGAAAAGGAGAACGACAAAAUGGUCUGGUGCCGAACUCUGUUCAAGACCGACAUCAAAAUCAACGACCUGGAGAGUCUCGGCAAAGCGCAGGAAAUUGCAAAGCACAUAGAAACCGCGAUGGACCAAAUAAAACAUCUCAGAAGCGCUGUCGAGCACACGAUCGAAUUGUCGAAAGUCAAAGGAAUGCAGUCGAACGUCUGCAACGUUUGCGAGACUUCCGUCAACGAGAACAAGGCAGAGGUGACGGAUCUGCAAGAGCAAGUCCUCAAAUUAAAGGCUUUACUGUCCGCGAAACGCGAACAGAUCGCCACGUUGCGAACGGUGCUUAAAUCAAAUAAGAACACGGCCGAGGUAGCGCUAACGAAUCUGAAGAGCAAAUAUGAGAGCGAGAAGAGCAUCGUUAACGAGACGAUGCUCAAGCUGAGGAACGAACUUAGAAUGUUGAAGGAAAAUGCUGCGACAUUCUCAAGUCUGCGUGCAAUGUUCGCGGCACGUUGCGAAGAAUACGUGACGCAAGUGGACGAGCUUCAGCGGCAGCUGGCCGCGGCAGAGGACGACCGGAAGACGCUGAACCAACUGUUACGCCUGGCGGUACAGCAGAAGCUCGGCCUCACCAUGAAGCUGGAAGAGCUCGAGGUCGAUCGGGAGCUGCGCAAUACACGGCGACAUGCCACCGGCGCGAACGGACGCGGUAGACCGCGACUCUCGCAACAGACGAACCGUCCUCACGUAGGCAGAGAUUUCUUGUAGAAAAUGAUGAAGAUGUGGAGCAAGAUAUUCUGAGAGAAGCGCGAAUUUUGAAAACCUUUUCAAAUUUUUCUACUGCUCGUUGUCGGGCCCGUUUUGCGGGGCUAAAAGACUCUAGUGAGUAUACAAUUGACUUCUCCUUUGUUAAGAGAGAUGUCCGCGGUCUCGGUAACGUGCAUUAAAUGGUAAAUCGCGGUUUCGUCGCGGUUAAUUACGCGAGACACGUAUUUUUACAAAGAGAGGCGAGCGGACGCAAUAUGGAUGCAUUGAGAGAAACGGACAAGAAGAGGAAAGCAGAAGAAGAAGAAGACGAAAUGACUACGCCGUCCUCAAUAAUACGAGAGAUAAUCGCGCUCGGUGAAUGGAGAGAGUAAGGGCUGCGUUUAGAAGGCUCCAAGAUGUUUAGUUUCACACCCCACGGAUUUUGCUCCAUAUCAUAGAGCCUCUUCAAAGAGCUCUGCCUUGUGUUACCACUAUAUUGUUAGUAGAGAAAUUUAAGGCGUAUAGGAUACACUUUCGUUAAAGGCCACUCGCGAGUCGAACGCGCGUGAAUUCUACGUUUUAACGUGGCAUUAGCCACGUUUAAUUGUUAAGUGCAUUAGAUCCGUUCUCGUUCGUUUUUAUCAUGCAGUGGAAAUGCUCCACGUCCGGACGUUGAUCUAUCGAGCUCUAUUAUCGCUUUAGCACGCUUAUUUAUUAACGCUUCACGUAUAUUAACGAUUUUAUUAUCGCAUUGGCGAUGUAGAAAAUAUUUCGUUGGCGGUACGAAUGUAGCUGUCUUCGCUGAUGGCAUCGAAGGCAUUUUUAUCAACGUCGAAGAAAAGAAGCGAAAGGGCUGCAGACCGUUUGUAGAUAGGUAGUGGAAGACGACGGGAAUUUUACAUUGCAUACCAUAGAGACAAUAUUAUCGCGGCGUAACCGAAUAUAAUAAACCGUUUAUAAUCAAAGUAGCGGACAGAGCGGCAAUGUUGUAGGCAAGUAGAUUCGAAAAUUUUCAAGGAUAGUCAAGUAAAGUACGAUAUAUAGGGACCCAUCUUCCAAGUAGCAUGUCUCAACUUACCCGCCACAAAUCGCGAGAAGAAUCCAUUAACGGUCCGCCUACGCUCGCUUACUUUAAUCCGACGAUACUUUCACGCACGAAAAUUAAAAAUUUUAAAAGCGGCCUAAACACGUUUGCAAUCACUUUACUUCUUGGCAGCUUGUUGACAUUUUACUUAUACUUUAUAUUAUCGUUUAUUAGAGAGUUUAUUGUUACAUCUUAAUUAUUGCAAUUUGAUGCAGCUGCUCGAUGCACGUUUCAUUAUUUGUUAAGCUAUAUUUAUUUAUAUUUCUAUGUGGUUUAUACACUGCAACAAACUGCGUUUUGAACACUCUUCAUUGAUGCAUGAUAAUUGUUUUUCUAUUAAAAAUUAUCAUUUAAAGGAAAGAGUGUCACUAAAAGGGAAGAGCCCUAAUUGAAAUUUUAUUGAUUGUCGCUGUUUUUGUACUUUUAUGGGAGUUGUAAUAGCUAUAUAAGUAUGCUCACAGCGCAUCUCGCAGGAUGCUCUUUUACUUUGGUGUCCUUUACAGAAAUUUGCGUAUACGUUUCUAGUGACAUACAUAUUUAUAAUUUAUAGUCCGCCAUUACGAAGUAGUCAUUCCAGUUGAAAUGGUUAGCAAUGCAGCUAUUGAUUACAAGUCUAUCAUAUCAGUAUUUUACAAAUAUGUAUUAUAUUAUUAUUAGUAAGGUUGUUGAAAUGUGUAUAGAAUCGAAAUACAGUGAACGUAAUAGAGCAUCCUGCAAGUAAAUUUAUACACACGCACGAAAUAAAUAACGGCAUGAACUGUCUUCAAUCAAAGUUGUUAUUACGUGGCUAUUGCUAUUAUCUUUAUUAUUUUAUUAUUAACAUUAUCAUAAAUAUAAUUGUGCAUUUAUUAUGGCAGUAAAACGGAUGGUAAAGAGAAUUUAUCGAUCGUUGAUCGACUGUCAAUCGAUUGAUCGGAGAGUUGUCGCUAUCAUAUUCUAUAUAUACCCUUAUAAUUAAUAAUAAUAUCGCGUCACCUGUGUCUAUGACGCGAGUAAAGAUUCAAUGACGGUCACGUGUUUAAGAUAAAACUUUUUUUUAAUCUUUAUUUUGCACGCUUAGUAACUUGUAAUGUCUUCUAUAUAACGAAUAUUAUUAUUCCCUAUAUGUGUUUCCAAAUGCAUAUAAUACUCUCCAAAACUUUUAUUCAUAUAAUUUAAUAUAAUCGUACGAUUAGUUUCGAAUUAAAUAAUAAAUUUUAUUUGAUACUUUGAAUCUCAAUUUGAGUAGAAAACUUAAAGAAAGAAAAUUACACGAGAUUUUAAUGUUUAAGCGCUAGACACAGGUCGAGCUAAUUUGUGUCCAUAAACCGAGCCAGUCUCAGACCACCGUCCCUUCCCUUCUCACCGCGCACCACCGUCGGGAUCGAAUCGGGAUAAAAAGAAAGAUCUUUCUUUCGUUUCUCGAGAAGGCUGUCUUCACUAUUUUUCAUGAGACAUUUCGUCCUUGACUCCACCUAACCGUCCGCGUUGCUCCACGCGACUGGAGACACAUUAGUACAUCACAAGUACCAAAAAUGUAAAUCUAUAUCGUAAUUUCUAAGAAAGAAGAAUUGUAAUUUGGGGACUGUGCAUAAUUAUCAAUGAACAUAUGACACGAAGAAUCAAGUGUCAUUUCGCGUAGUUUUGGAAACAGAAAAACAUUGUUUCACAGAUUGAAGAAGAUUGUACAAUUGUUUCUUUGCAUCUUCAGAUUUCUAUGUAUAUUUUCUUCGUCGUUCAUUAAUUUAUAAGUUACGAUAAGGAGGCACAGUCCUCGAAGUGUUGUUAAAAAUUGGCGAAUUGAUUGCGCACGUCCAGUCGCGGAAGCGUACAGCUUCGACAACUUUUGCCAAAAAAAUAAUUCUGUCCUUUUGAAAGACCGACGGUCCUUUCGUACAUUUAGCGUCCUUUGCAAAGUUCCUCUCUGCCGUAGAAGAUUGCGUAUCGGCACUACUGAAUUUCUAUUUACAUCACUUUUCGCUGUUGUUCCAAAUCCUUUUUCAAGAAAAUAUUUCUUUUCUACGUUUCAUGAAAUGUUUACUUUUUGUAUCUUGUACUUUUGAUUGAUCGAUAUCACAAAAUCUCUUUAAACUAUAUUUUUUUAGAAGGCUCUUGAAAAGGAUACGCAACCUGUGUUGCAACCGAAUUGCUCGUAAAGUACAUAUUUAAGGCUACAAACUAGAAAGAAAGAAACAGAACGAUUGUAAGGCCGAAUUAAGUAAUUUAUAAAAAAAAGAGACCAAAAGAGGGGAAAUCGAAUAAUAUCGAACAAUAAUAUCAGGAUCUGUCUGCCAAGGAUCGAUCAGUAGAGGAGGAUCGGGAUGGCAGACAGACUUGCUCAAGGCUUCCAUAAGAGCUCUCAUUGCGUCCUGUCCGAUGGAUUUCCCGACGGUGAUGCGUUUAAAUCACGAUACGUGAGACUAGGAGUUAAAAAAAAGGAAUUAGACUCGGAAUAACGAGUUUGAUUAGUUGUAAUGGCGUAGAAAUUAAGAGAUUAACCGACUGCGUAACAUGUGUUGGAACUAUUAUUAUCUUUACAAGGAAAAUAUAUUUGAGAGCGAGGAACUCUCGAUGAAGCUACGAGGCGCGUGCAGGACGUCCCGAUGACGUUGGAUGUAUUGCGCUUUAAUAGGGUCCAUGUCAUACUUACUAUGCAAAAUAGUUUUGCAUUUCGCCGUUGAGACAUCACGUCAUCAGGACAUUUGGAUUUCUUAGUGAUAACCAAGAAUUGGAUGACAUCGUUAGAUAGCAAUUUGCGAAUUUGCGAGUGUCGUUAAACGUCGUAUCAUGUUUAAUUGUUGUACCGGUUAUUUCUGGUAAAGCGUAUCGUAAACACAUUGGUAAUACAAUGUAUACUAAAGUUUGCUUCUCCAAGCUCGCUUUUUCUCGUCAAGUGUCGGGAAACACUUGCAAGGUGUCCGCAAAUUUGCAGAAAAAAUAUAAUGUUUUCUUGCGUUAGGAAACAUUAUCUCCCCUUAUCGGAUUAAACCAAUCACAGAAAUGAUGUUACAUCCUGAUGCAUAAAAACAUACAUAACUCAAUUAAUCUGAUAUUCUGAAAAAAAAACACGUGUGAAUUGUUACUAGUUUUUCUUCGAGAGGAGAAAGGUGGAAUUUUUCAAACUGUAAUAUCUUGAUAUUUAUACACAUAUUUUAUUCAUAGAAUAAUUUCCUUAUUUAAUGUACGUGUAAAAUUCUGUGCUUGGUGUUGGAUAGCAUUGAUCAGCAUGGAAAGGCGGAUUUAAUGGAUUGGUUGGGCGCGAGUUUUCAUAAAUUUAGCAUUUGCAUUUAGUUUUCGAUCAAAAAGAGGAAAUUGUAUCGUGGAGUUCCAUGAUUUUGCCUCGUGCUCGAGCAUGGACCCAAAAUAUUGUACAUACUGUAAAUGCACUCUAGCGUUACGACAUAAAUACAUUAUGUAAAACGUACCAACAUCGCGAAAAUCAGCAAAUGAUUUAUACAUAUAUAUAUAUAUAUUUAUAAUGUAAUAUAUAUAUAUAUAUAUUACAUUAUAUUAUACGAAUGUUCAACGAGCGUAUUAUAUUUUCUCUGUAGCUACACUAGACCUACUAAUCGUUAACGUAGAAAAAAGAAACCAGAAUUAGCCGCCAUUUGUAGCAACUUCUCGUGAUUUUCCUCCUGCGUUUAUCGAAAACUAAUCUCAGCAAAAUUGCCAGUCGUGUUAAAUUAGAGAUCGGAAGUAGCGGUUAAGCGUAAAUGUUCAAACGGAACAUUAUUUGCAAGAAAAUAUUUAAAAAACUACCGAGAAAAGAGAAACAAAAAACGAGAAUGGAACAGAGAGAGAAGACAAAAUGCGUAUUCAAGCCACGCUUAUGUGGUACCUGGAGUUGAUGUUAUUAAAUAAUGGUACACUAUACGUAGAGAUUCUUUUUGUAACAUAAAGUGAAAUAUAAUCAUUUGUAACGGGA